AUGCAGCCGUCAACGGAACACGCCCGGCGCGCACGGACGGUGCGGCGCCGCAUCACGAACACGCAGAAGGAGGUCUGGGGCGAGGACGGCUCCCGCGGGAAGGACGCCAGGGACGAGGUCGAGGUCGACGAGUACGCCGGCGUGCUCCACCCCGAAAAGCCAGCGCUCUCCCGCACGGUGGAGCGCACGUUCGAGGAUGAGAUCUUCGCGGACGAGUCGCGCAUCAGCGAGGCGGACAUGGAGUACUGGUUCAACCCCGACGAGGCCGAGGGCCCCAUGGGGAGCGUCCAGGUCAAGCUGCCUCCCGUCGAGGACGGCGACUUUGCCACCGCGCAGCACCCGGGAAAGGGCCGCGGGCCGAUCGACGACGUCGCGCCCGGCACCGUCCUCCGCGGCACGCUCGUCGAGGCCAACUUUUACCACGGCCUCAAGUUCGACGUCGGCCUGGAGUUCGACGUUUUGGUGCCGGUGACGCAACAGCAGUUCCUCGGACCCGCGCCCGGGAAGCCCCGCGACGCGAAGACGGUGGAGGAGGUGCUCGCGGAGGAGGCGGUCGACGAGGAGGCCGAGGGCGGCGCCGCGGCGGUCGUGGAGGUGGAGGAGGCGGGGUGGCCGGAGCUGGGACAGGUGGCGGUGCACAUGCUGGGGAGCGAUAUGGAGCUGGAGGUGGUGGUGACGGGGGACCCGCUGCGGCACCGGUGGCCGCUGGUGGCGCGGAUUCGGAGCUGCGAGUUCGAGGGGUUCGCGGAGGAGCUGGAUGCGUGGCGCGGGUGGAGGCCGCAGGUGGUGGCGCGCGCGGACGACGACGUGGGGGAGGUGUUCCGGUCGGUCGGGCGGGAGUACCGGCCGAGCAAGUACAUCGUGCCGUUCAGCCAGGACUACAAGCACGUGGCGAUGCAGGACGAGCUCGUCGCGGAAGAUGAGCAGGAGGCGUGGAGCGGGCAGGCGGAGCCGCUGAGCACGUUCGACGCGCAGCAGGUGCGGCUGAGGAAGAUGCUGCACACGCAGCGGAUGGACGACCGGCGGCGCAGGCGCGCGCAGGAGCGGGCGUAG